CAGCAUAUAUAAAACCUGCUGUGGAUUAAAAGGUCGACUUUAUUAGGUUUUAUCUGGACCAGAACCUGGCAGACCCGGUACCAGAAGAAGCUGAUCGGAACCAGCUGGUUAAACCCAUGUUGUCCUGUAUUCUGACUGGAGCCCGACAGGCUGCCCUAAGGGAGGCUUUUAUUGUGAAACCCAACCGGAAGCAGCGGUCUGGCCCCUCGGCGCUGCUCGGCAGUGAUCGGCCAUGUUCGGCUGCUCUCGCUUUAUUUUCAUCUCCGCCUCCAGCUGAGCGGAGCGACAAGAAGUUCGGACACCGAGGAGCUUAGAGGGGCUGAGGAGGCGAACCGAACCCGGAACCGGAUCCGAACCACUGCGGGACCAGGACACACAGAGCGGAACCGGGACUGUAACUGGACCGGAACCACAGCAGGACAGCAUGAUGAACGGGGGAUAGAGGUUCCGGACCAGAGGUCCAGAGGUUCUGUGCAUCAGAACCGGGUCCCAGCGGACCGCCGGCUGCUGCAGACAGGAACAUGUACCAGGUCCAGCUGAAGGAGAAGCAGGAAAGUCGACCCCUGCUGAGUCCCUCCAUCGAUGACUUCCUCUCAGAGAGCCGCAGUGACGCCUCCUCCAGCCAACCCCUGACCUCCAGCCGACCCCUGACCUCCAACACAGCAGUUUUGGCCACGGCUCUGGACCUGGUGGACCUCAGCGACCCGCCUGAGACCCGGGAGCGCAGGGCGAGGAAGAGUCCGCUGAGGAUGAAGGGCGGGUCCAGGAGUCCUCGACACAGAACCAGAACCGAUGAGACAGAACUAACCCAGGUCCGAGUGGACCCCCUGCCCACCAGUCCCAGAACCCCUGAACGGAUCUCUCUGGACUCAGUCAGCCUGUCGUCUCCUCUGGACAAAUGGGACGAGGUCCAGCAGGACUUGGAGGACGGAGGAGAAAGCAGGAGACGAUGCCAGACCAGAUGCACCUCCCAGCACUCCUCCAGUGAACUGCUGUGGUCUGCAGAGUUUAAAACUGAACCCUUGACAAAGAACAGCAUGGACGUCCACAGCCUGGACGACCUGGACUUCAUAUCUCUCACACAGGACAGCAGCGUGUCCAGAUUUCGCAGAAGGACUCGCUCUCUGCUGGUCGGGAACGAGUCUCCAGAGGACGAGUUUGUCCGAGCGAAGGCUGCAGUCGAGUCGGACACGGAGUUCUGGGACAAGAUGCAGGCGGAGUGGGAAGAACUGGCCCGGAGGAACUGGCUGGAGGAGUCGGACAGUCAGCAGAAGCCCAUCCCGCCGUCCGUUUCUCCUGUGGAGAAGGGUUACUACUUCAGCACCACCAAUCCAUUCAGAGACCAACCCAACGCAUUCAUCGAGGGUCAGGAGAAAGCUCGCCAAGGAGACCUGAACGCCGCCGUCCUGCUGCUGGAGGCCGCCAUCCUGCAGGACCCCAACGAUGCCGAGGCGUGGCAGAUGCUGGGGACGACCCAGGCUGAGAACGAGAACGAGCAGGCCGCCAUCGCGUCCCUGCAGAGGUGCCUGGAGCUGCGGCCCAACAACCUGCAGGCCCUCAUGGCGCUGGCCGUCAGCUUCACCAACAGCGGCCUGCUGAGGGAGGCCUGUGACGCUCUGCGCCGCUGGAUCCGCCACAACCAUCGAUACAGGCACCUGGUCCAGGACAGCAGGGGCCCCACCUCACCAGCCAGGGGCCAGGCCUCACCGGGCAGGGGCCCCGGCUGCUCCACACCUGCAAGUGUGGAGCUGCAGGACGUCCUGCUGCUGUUCCAGGAGGCGGCUCUGCUGAACGUGGACGGCGUGGACCCGGACCUGCAGACCGGACUGGGCGUCCUCUACAACCUGAGCUCCGAGUUUGACAAGGCGGUGGAGGCCUUCAGCGCGGCACUGUCUGUCAGACCUCAGGAUUACCUGCUGUGGAACCGGCUGGGAGCGACGCUGGCCAACGGGAACCGCAGCCAGGAGGCGGUGGAGGCCUACAGCCGAGCCCUGGAGCUGCAGCCCGGCUUCAUCCGCUCCAGGUACAACCUGGGCAUCAGCUGCAUCAACCUGGGAGCUCACAGGGAGGCCGUCAGUAACUUCCUCACGGCUCUGAACCAGCAGAGGCGGAGUCAGAGCUGCAGCCAGCAGCAGAUGUCGGCCAACAUCUGGGCCGCCCUGCGCAUCGCCAUCUCCAUGAUGGACCGCCCCGAGCUGUUCCAGGCCGCCAACAUGGGGGAUCUGGACCUGCUGAUGGCAGCCUUCCAGGUGGGGGACCUGUGAUGGGCCCCCAGGGGCCCACAGACACCAGGACGGCUGCAGCUUCUCAGCACAAUCCUUUA